AUUGCGUAAGUAGGCGUAGUUGUUAUACGAUCAUUACAGUUAAAACACGUCUUGAACAAUUAAACAAAAUGAGAAGUGUAUACUGUUUAUGUAUUAUUGUGAAUCUACUAUUGCUUACUAGCGAUGGUGAUGCAGGAUUAGCCAAAGGAAUAAUCAGCUCAAUUCACGAUACAACUCACAAGGUCCUCGAUGAUAUCCAUCAUGCAUUAAAUUUUAAAGAAGAUCCAAAAAAGGGAACAGCUGGUGUAGUUACCGUUGCUGAUAAUAAAACUAACGAUGACAAUAAGUUCGUUGCAACAUCUACUGCGGCUUAUAACGAUAAAGAAUUAAAUAAGGAAGUAACCGGUUUUGUUAAAACUAAGGAAGAAGAUGACACCAAAUUGAAUUUUGUAUCGAAUCCAACAACUGAAGCUACAGUGAAUUUUACUUCUACCGUUAAAGAGGGACGAGAACAUCUCUUGGGUGGGUGUUCUACAGGCUACUUCAGAACCGAAGAUGGCAGAUGCAAAUGUGUUUUUGGGCAAAAGUACAGCCGGGCAGUGUUUUGUUUGAUAUCACUCGAACUCGAAGAAGUUUCCUAAGCAGGGAUGUGCAAUGCUGAUAUUGCUCGAUACCAGCCGGCCCUUCGAACACCACGCUCAUUACCCGUGUUAAUCGACGUAUGGAGGGGCGGCAACAUGUCGAGCGUGACGGGAGCGAGCAUGUUGCGCACGCGCAGGAAAGAUGUCAACGUCAAACCGAACCGGAAGUUGGAUCGGAAGUCGUCGCGGGGUAUGCUAUACGAGAACGAAGAGCUGCGCCUACGCACCAUCAACAUAAACGCCGAAGUUGAAAGAGGUCAAUCAGAUAUAAAGAAGCUGAAGCGAGAGAACGAACAACUCAAGCGUGAAAUAUCAGCGCUUCGCUACGAAUAUGAUAGACUUGAUAGAAUGCUACGGGAACGUCGCUCAUCACCGGAACAUUCGGACCAGUCACAGGCCGAUCCUUACGAAUCAGAAUACCCUGAUUAUCCUCCUGAUAAUAUUGAGCCAGCUGAGCAUAGUGACAGCGCGUCAGUGUGCAGCGCGUGUCCGGAGUGCGCAAGCGCAGACGGUUCUGUUCGAGCUGUUGCCUUUCAUGAUCUCAGCGUCGUACCAGAGGAGGGGGAGCAAGAAAACAAGAGUGGUGCCGCAACGCCAUGCACUUGCGACGAGUGCCAAAAAGAUGCUAAACGAGAUGAAGAGAGCAAACAAAUAAAUAAAAAAGAAACAUUUAUAACUAAAGAAACAACGCAAUCCCUACUUAAUGCGCAAACGCCACCAAAUACGACAGACAAUAGCUCUGAUCGAACUGUCGACGUACUUGUACAUGAUGCUCCGAAUAUGCCGAGAUUUUUCCAGUCAGUGACUUCGACGCCCUUUCAUGUGACUGGACCACCUCCUCCGGGAUUUGUAAUAGCUCCUUACCAACCCCCUCGCUUCCAUACAGGCGGUAAUGUAGAAGAUUUAUUGGGAGAUGUCCAAUCUGCAACUACAAUACAAACUACAUACAUUCAACAAAACUCAAUAUUCAUGUGUAACACGAGAAACAUUGUACAAAAUAAGUGUUGUUGUCAGAAUCGCGAUUCAAACGCAAAGACUGAAGUUUGUCAAGAACAAACGCCUAAAUGUUACGUCACAGAAAAGAACAUUGAAUUAACUUACGAUUAUCCUAGAACGACACCCAUUCCAAGUAGUCCUAGCCAAAAAUCGGGAGAUGAAAUUAAAUCAACCACCACCGAGGUUGCAAGCACAGUUGUUUUCGUUGAAAAGAAGAUGCCAGUGAAGCCAAAGAAAUUCGAUUUCUUUUUUAGAUCGCGCUCUGCACCGGUCGGAGAAAACGAAGAACCAAUAUAUGCAACGGUUAAUAAACUGCCAAAGAAGUUAAGAAGAAUGGAACUGGCAAAUCUUGAAAAGGAGGUGGCAUAUAAAAGUGAACUAGAGUCUUCCACACGGACGGAGAUUACCCUGAAAACUGAUACAGAAUCGCAAGCCCCACCAUUAGAUGACGAUACAAGCCGGUCAGAAAGAGAAAAGUCAACGAUACCACAAAGACAAGAGUCACCGAAGGCAAAAAAGCGAAAGCGAUUUUCACUAACAUUCAAAAAACGAGAAAGAAAAAGACGAGAGAAGAAAGCUGAAGUCAAGAACGGAGUGAAAAAUGGUGUACCAGUUCAAGUGGAGAGUGAUAAUGAAAGGCUGAUAGAGGAACAGGAUCCCAAGCACAAGCACUGCACACGGCAUCGACCGAUGCCGCGUAGUGCGAUGGCGUCUUCGAACUAUAGCCCGCGUUAUAAGCGGGAUAGCUAUCAGGAGAUGACGACGUCACAUUCAGAACACGAACGCACGAACAGUAUGUGCUCGUCUGUAAACUCACUGGGAUCAGCGUGCACACACAAAUCCAGGAAACUAUCAGUUGCACCUCAAGACGGCUCCAUACCUUGGUGCGGUUGCUGGGGAGCUGGGUGUGUUUAACCUUGAACUGGGUAACAAAAAUAUUGACACCGCGUGAAUAACAAACAAUAUUGUGUUCUGUGGAAAAGUGAAGUUUAACGAACAAAACUGUAGCUGUGCUUGUACAACACACAUUUUAUACGUAAAAAGAACUUUUAAUAGUAAAUAGAAUGGUAAAGAAUUAUAGUUAUAAACGGUUUUGUAUUGCCACCAAAUGUUUAAUAGUAUUUCACAUAUACGUUUUUUAACGAGGUUACAUAGAUUUUGGAAAAGUUGUCUAUGCUAAAAUGAACAAUAAUACAACUAUUUUAAACGUUAAUUGAGGAAAAAUUAAGACGUUGAAACAAAUUGCUGUUUAAUAGUGGAUUUAAAUAUUUUCUACGUAUAUGCUUUGAAUCAAGCAAAAAAACAACGUUCAUCACAUAAAGGGUAUUUUAUUAAAACAGACAUUUCAUUCGGUUUGCCAGAUUGUAACAAAUUGUUCCCCUGACAUUUUUAACACUGGCAAACUGCGCAGGUGUUAUAGGACAUAAUGCGAUAGAACUUUUAUCUAACACUGGAGAAAGUUCAGCGUUUCUACCUCUACUACCCUUUAAUGGAAACUCAACCAACCAGCUGGUUAAUCAGCCACAAACGUAUCAUUUUUCGUUCACUUCGUUUCUAUCGCUGACAACAGCACAUACAAUGUGAGUGCGUUUUAUAUCUAAAUGCUGUGUUCGUUAAUUAGUAUAGUAACAUCUUACACAGAUGUACAUUAUGUGUAGUUUUGUAAAUAAUGUUGUGACUGUACAUUAGUGCGCUAUAAAUGAUUAAAUUAUUCAGAUACCAUUAAAAAGUUAUAUUAUUAUUA